AUGACUUGUUGUGAGCUCUGCUGGUGUCGUCGGCUGAGAACAAGAAUAUUGGCGCGCUUGGAAUCCUAUCAAGUAUUCGGUGAGGAGUUCUGCAAUACAUCAAAUAUGCAUCUAACUGUGCAUUGCUCAAUCAUGGCCAGCUGCUGCAUUUUACUUAUCUCAGGUAGUUACCUAGGUAGGUAG